GAGGUGGGGGUGAUAGUGUGCAUGCGCUUUGGCUCCGCUGCGUGCACACUCGGGUCGGUCGAUGUGAGCACAGUGGCGUGGCUCUCGGCCUCCAUUUGCCAGUUUGUGUUUAUGUUCGAGGGAUUCUCCGAGGCCCUUUUAACGGCGACGGCGACGUGCAACAGUUGGAGCUUCGCCGCUGAACGAUACUGUUGCCUCGCUGCGGUCGGCCACGAGGUACCGAAGCGACGCUGAAAGGUGUCUCAUGCAGUGUGAUGAUCAGAGCCACCGGUGAUGUCCGCCUUAGACUCUGAGCUCCCACCCAUGGAGGAAAAUCAGGCAGUGGAAGGUGAGAAGGGCACCUUGCUUAAUGCGCCCUUCUCCGCUCCUCCUGCUUCCAUUGCUUCUUCAGCUCCUCCGUUCCCAACCUUGACAAGACCUAAUUUCACUAGUGAUACAGUGAUUGAGAGCAAAGCUGUCUCUAUGGCGAGUAAUGAUUCCAGCGCUGCUGUUUCUUCACCUGCUGAAGCUAGCCCGGCUAAAUCUGCAGUAACAUCAGCUUCUACCUUAGAAGGAACUGUUGAAAAAAGCCCAGAAGCCUUGCAUAUAACAUCCGCAUCAGACUCCCUAACAUGCACGAAAACGAGCAUCGUCAAUAUGCCUGAAUCAACACCGUGGUCAUCUGCGUUGCCCGCGACCACAUUUGGCAACACGGACAUGGAAAAAGACUUUCCUGCGGUGCUGACCUUCAAAGGUGUCAGUGUCGUUUUGGAAAACAACAGCGUGUGGAAGCAGUUCUACAAGUGUGGGACCGAGAUGAUUCUCACUAAGCAGGGCCGACGCAUGUUCCCGUACUGCCGAUACCGCUUGACUGGGCUGGAUCCCAAUCAGCAGUACAGUCUGGUCCUGUCCAUAGUCCCAUCGGGUCAGUACAGGUACCGCUGGAGUGCAUCCAGAUGGGAAGUCACCGGGCGGGCAGAACAUCAAAACCAAGGUCUGAUCCGAGCAUUUUCACACCAUUACUCACCCUGUCGCGGCUCAGAUUGGAUGAACAGCUUGGUGUCCUUCUACAAGCUCAAACUGACCAAUAACUCCCAAGACCAGGAUGGUCAUAUAAUCUUACACUCCAUGCAUCGCUACAUUCCUAGGCUUCACAUAAUACCUGUUCCAGAUGGAGGCAUGCCCACAGCUGACAAGCCUGUAUUUAUGGGACAUGAAAGCAUGACCUUUACUUUUCCACAAACUGAAUUUAUGGCUGUGACGACGUAUCAGAACUUUCGGAUUACCCAGCUGAAAAUUAAUCACAACCCGUUUGCAAAGGGAUUUAGGGAGGACGGGAACAACCCCCGUCUGAACAGAAUCGCUAGAGAGGCUCAAGCUAUUGUGAAGACGGAAUACCAGCCCACAGUGAUCGAACCUGCCGAACCCAGUGAAAACCAGGAGGAGGUACUGGAUCUGAGUGCAAACAGUCAAAAUGACUCUGCUUCUCUAUCAAAUGUGCAAGAGACCCGAUUGGUACUGAAGCCCAUAAUGUCUAAGCCUGCUAGAAAAGAUGAACCAUAUGUGCCCUGCAUAAGAGGCAAACAUGCGCUUGGUGAUCUUGUGCUUGUUGCGCCCAAGCAAGAAAGCGCUGCCACCAGCGUAGCCCCUGAGGUGCAGCAGGGCUUAAAAGUAUGGAUGUCGCCUAAAGCGAGAUCUGUGACUGCUAAUUCCUCAACGUCUACCCCUGGAUCAUCACCUCGAUUCUGUAAGAGGAGGAAGAAGAUGAACAGACGUUGGUCAAAUUUCCGGGGAAGAGAGUGUAAAACUGCAGCAGCCUCCUCCACAGUCGUCCUCAGCCCAUCACUGACAGGCGCUAUGCAACCGGAGAUGGAUGAUAUAGAAGGCCUGCUGUUUGUGUCGUUCACCUCAAAGCAAGCGCUUGAGGUUCAUGUCAGGAACAAGAUGGUCAGUACCUCAUCGUCAGCAUCUCCGGCUUCCCUAACAACCCCAGCACCACCGACACAAACAAGCGACAAACCUUCAAACAUUCAAGCCAAAGGGAUGACAGCCAUUACUGCUGACGUCGGCUGCUAUGACGCAGAGACCGAAAAGCAUUAUGUUUGCUGCACAGAUGAGGCACUACCCUUCAUCUCCAGAACGGGAAAGACAAGUGACAUGACGAAAAUAAAGGGGUGGAAAAACAAGUUCGUAAAAGCCAAGGAAACAUCGUCUUCCAACGGUGAAGGAUUACAAAAGAACCUCUCUGCCUUCUGCAGCAACAUGUUGGAUGAGUACUUGGAAAGCGAAGCUCAGCAAAUCAGCGAGCGCGCCGCUGCUUUCUCUACAAACCCAGAAGGCUCGGUGUCCUAUCAGCUGCCCGCUAAAAGCUCCAGCUAUGUAAAGACCCUGGACAGCGUUCUCAAGCAUCGAAAGGCUCCUUCGAAAUUCCCGGUGGGGGCCAACAGGCCUUGUCCCCUAUCCCACAAACCACUGCUCUAUUCUGCUCUGACGUCACCUGCUCCUCCGCUGGCCACGCCAGCAGCCCCCCAUCAAGCAGGAGCUAAAUUCACCUUCCAGGCUGCGUCCUCGCUGAGGCAUCCAAGUGAUGCUUGUGGUUCUAGUAAUACCCAGAAUCAGGGAGUUUCACAGAGCCAUAAAAAGCCAAUGUUAUAUUGUCGUCACCCUGACGGCUGGGUGGGUGGUGUGGACACCCAACACAAGCUGCUGGAAAUGGAGACGGCAGCUUUGAACCAGGGCCUCAGCAGAACACAGCUGACUACAGAGAGGCUGUCAGCUGCUCUGACUGUGUUACUGACAAAACAGACGCAGCCCAGCCAGAUCUUGAAAGUACCCCCUUCUCCAAAUAAAGUUGCUGGACCUGAAUGUGGUCAAGAGUUCUGCAGACUCGGCUGUGUGUGUUCCAGUCUGCAGCACCUGAACAGAGGCCAUCUCCACUGCAGGCGGCCUGAAUGCAUGUUUGGCUGUGCCUGCUUCAAACGCAAGAUCACUAAGCAGACGUCCACAGGGGAGAGCCAAGAACAUCCUGUUUACUCGAUGACUAAUAUGGAACACGUGGUCCAGCCUCGCCAAGGCUCACAUACUAAUAAACUGUGGAAGCGUAACGGCAGUGAUGAGGAUCCAGAAGCAGUUUUUAUUCCAAAAAUUGCGCCCCUCUUUGUGGUUACACCAAAGGUCCAAAAACGAAUCAGUGUAUUUCCACAACCGAUACGUGAAGAAGAUAAGGAUCCAGUGUAUAAAUAUUUGGAGAGCAUGAUGACAUGUGCUCGUGUAAGAGAGUUCAAUAGCAAGCCGCCUCCUCAAGUCACCAUAGAGGCUAAGAUCUUUGGACCAAACACCCCAACAAAACCACAAAAAACCACUGACAAGUACUACAGCACUUUACCAACUGUUAACAAAGCAGGUGAAAACGCAUCUCAGGACUCUGCAUGUAGUGAAGUAGGAGCAAGGAAGCAAAUACAGAUCCAGUCAGUGUGUCGGUGGCAGAACGACCAGAGGAUGAUCCUGGAGGCUUUAUGUCAGCGGAUGAAUCGUGAUCAGCUUUCCCAACGUUUCUACAUUGGUCCUUACCGCAUCUGGCCAAUCAGCAAGAUCAUUAUGCGGAAGCCCAGCGGCUCCAUCGUCACCUACCAGGUGCAAAUUAGCAAACCAUCAAAAGCCAGUGAUUGUGAUGAUGAUGAAGAAUGUGACAGUGAUGAGGAAAUGCAUACCAGUAAAGGCCUUGAUGAGAACACUGAUGCAGAGGAGGAAGAUGGCCAAAUCGAAGAGCCGCAGAUGUGGUUUGGAGUGACACCCUUUCUGAGUGGAGUGAUGCCUGCUGGCACGCUGAGAGCUGAGAGAAAACCUGCUGGUUACCAAGCACCUGGACUUAUACAGGUAAAUGGCAAAUCCUACAAUCAGGCCAGACUGCAGCUUGGAAAGAUGGGAUCUUUGCAUCCAGCUAACCGCCUUGCUGCCUACGUCACAGGACGACUAAAUACUUCAGUUGAUGUUCCUCAGAAAAAUUCUCAGAAAUCAGACUCUACACUUAAAACCAGCACUCCAAAAACUGGCACCGUAAAUGUUGCGAGCUCAUUAGUCAGUCCAAGUAUCGCUGCAAGGAAAACUACUGAUCUGAAGACACUAACGCCGUCACCAGUUUCCUUAUUCCAUCCAGAUGAGACGGUGGAUGUUGAGACUGUAGAAGAAGUGAAACAACAGAUGGCCAUCGCUAAACUGAAGAAAGCUCUUCCCAAGGGAGUACUGCAAUCACGAGAUUCCAGAGAAGAUUUGGGAUCAUUUUUGGAACUCGACUCCCAGGAUCUCAAUGAUUGUGGUGAGACAAAAACCAAAAAGAGGCGCGAGAACCACACAGUGCUGGAACGGCUGAGAAGAUCGGAACAGCGAAACCUCUUCGAUAAACUCCAGGCUGUCCUACGGAGUGACCCAAGAGCUCCCAGGCUCCGCCUCCUGUCAUUGGCCCUGAAAGAAAUUCAGAGCCUGGUUAGGACCUCCAAACAUCUAGAACAGACAAAGAAGAUGCUGACGCAGAUACAGUCGGGCUACGUAGAGACACUCUCUCGGUUGUCUGGAAAGUCUCAAAAUGUGAUCAAGCACAAACUAAAGGAAGUGUGCGAAAAACAGAAAAGGAAAGAGAAGACGGUGAAGUGGACGCCUUUCUUUUCCCACCUGCUACAGUCCAGAGCCGCUUUACUACAAGCCACUGCUCCCAAGUCUAACCCCACGCCCUCAUCUUCAGUACAGCCUGACGUCGGAGCUCCUUCUCAAGCCAACACAGCCACAACUCCACACAAUUUAAAAACGAUGAUAACCCUGCUCCAGCCUCUCAUGCGAAAAGCUCCAACUGAAUCCUGUCCAAAGACCCCUGUAUCUAAACUUCUGCCUCUGCUGGUACCCUCUCCAGCUCAGGUUGUGAACGCUGCGCCCCGGUCCCAGGUGAAAAUUGAGCAAGGUGACCAUGUGGCCUCAGUCCAAGAGAAAAAGUCUCCAUCAAACUUAGAAGUCAAACAGAAAGCUUCUGGAGAGCCAGACCAGGCUGCUGGUUCCCACAUUUCCAGUUCCCAAACAGAUCAGCACCCGUGUGCGCGCCACACUCCGUCAGUCCGUGGAUUGCCACAGUGGAUGUUCAGCAGCCCCCAGAGCCGUGCCUCCGGGCUGCCAAGCUAA